AUGAACUCGCUCGAUGAGCAGCAACAGUUAAUCCUUACACAAGGAGAAAGCAAUCGACGCCUUGCGCAAAUGGUCGCAACCCUCGACCACCAACGUGACUAUGUGCUCACUUCAUUCAGUGUGGAGGAACGCUUGCGUCAAGCGGACGGUCAAUCGUUGGCAACGCGGAUCUUUGGCCAUAGGCCUAAGUCUCCUGAGGAGGUGGCGAGCGGCCAGGCACUUCGCUAG